CCAAAGCAGAAAAUAACAUCAAACCACAAAAAAAGAAAGAGUCGUGUUUAUCUUUUAUUCAGACACUUCCUUCCAAUCGUUUCCUUCAAUUUCUUCAUUUCCCCCCUUCACCUAAUCCUUUUGAUCUACUCUUUCCUGGGGUUUCCUUCUUUUUUGCUUUAAUGUUCCAUCUUUGAUUUGAUUCCCCCGAUAUGGGUUUUCGAUUUCAUUUCAGAAAUUUGGGAUAUAAUGAUUCAAGCAUUGAGGUCUUGGCAGAAAACUGUGAUGAUCAUGAUGAUGGUUGUAACGACAGUUGUGCUUCACUAUCCUGUUUCCAGGAUGAUGGUUCUAUCGCUCAUCAUCAUUCAGCGUUGCGCACCAAGUAUUUGAUAAUAAUUUUCACAGUACUUGCGUUUUCGUUUUUGAUCCUCUGUUUGUACGUUUACUACGUCAGGUAUUAUCGACGCCGACCCGAUGUUAGGAGAAGAAGAUCAAAUGAAACGACUGAAACCCAUGAUGAGUUUCUCGAUGAAGAUCAUGGUCCGGUCGUUGAUCAUCAUGUAUGGUAUAUCAACACCGUUGGUUUACAACCGUCGAUCAUUGAUUCCAUUGCUGUUUUUAAGUACGUGAAAGGUGAGGGUCUUGUUGAAGGAACGGAGUGCUCUGUUUGUUUAAACGAGUUCGAAGAAGGUGAGACUUUAAGGCUGUUGCCUAAAUGUAGCCAUGCUUUUCACAUCUCUUGUAUUGAUACUUGGCUUAGGUCCCAUACCAAUUGUCCUUUGUGCCGAGCACCUAUUGUUUCAAACAUGGCUGAUAAAGGACCAUCAUCAUCAUCUGGGGUAAAUAAUGAAGUUACUGAAGGAACCCAAGUUGCAAUUAUAGUAGAUAAUGAAGAAUCUGAAGGACAAACAGGAAGUGUAACAAGUGAAAUGAGGCAUAGACCAUAUGAGGAAGAUGAGAGAAAUACAGAGGAUGAAGAUGGGGUUCUUCAACCUGUAAGAAGAUCAGUUUCUUUGGAUUCCAUGGCAGCUUCACAGAUCAGCCAAGCACUUGCUAAUAAUGGUCUAGCAGAAGGGUCUAAUGGAAGCAAUUUAGAUAAUGAAUUGGGUAAAGGGAAAGAAUCAAGCUUGAGAAUUGUGCCAAGGAGAGGUGCAGGGAAUCAAGGUUUAUUGAGACUAAUGCGCAAUUCGUCCAUAGGAAGAAGAUCUUUGCAAAUUAGGCCAAUUUUCAUGAAGAGAUCAUUUUCUUGCAAUGGGAAAUUCUCUUUGCCAAUCUCAAACCGUAGCCGGAAUCCUCCUUUGAGAAGCUUUUGAUUGGUGAGUCACCGCCGCCACUGCCGGUGUCUACUUUCAGGGAUUAGGUACCAUUUUAUCAUUAUGACCCACAAUUUGUAGCCACACCACUGGAUUCAUAAAAUGGGUGCCAAAGUCAACAGAACGUGUUGAAAACAGUGACAAAAGUAAUGUGGAUGGAUUGUAAUUGUGGGUUUAGUGAAUUUUUUUUAUAUAUAAAAGUAAUGUGGAUGUAUUCUUUUAUAUAAAAGAAAUUCAUUCUUUUUCUUAAUCAUAACGAGUUCUGGUAAAGUUGAUAAAGAUAAGAGUUUUAGAUUUGAAAUUAUGUAUUGUUAUUGUUGGGAAAGAGUUGUAUUAAACAGUGAUAUUAUUUAUUUUAAUAGUUUAAUACAAUAUUAAUAAUUUAUUUU